AUGCUGCUGUCUGGGAUAGUCCUUUUCUAUUAUUUUUCUCAGAUUCGAGGAAAUGUCUUUUACAGCCAUGAAUCCAAUGGAGUCGCUGACAAAAAUAACACCGACAUUCAGAUAAAUUACGUCCUAUUGGACGGUACCAACACCUGCAACAGAACCUGCAUCAAAGGAGAACCACCGGUGCUUUGCAAGUACCAUUUCGAUGUAGAGCAGUACCACAGCUUGAGCAAGGCCUGCUACGACUGCCCCUACAAUCUGAAUGACUGUUUCAGGAAAGAUUGCAUUCCUGGGGACGGCAGCAAAAGAGGGAUCGUCACUAUCAACAGACAGUUGCCGGGGCCCACUAUACAAGUUUGUCAAAACGACAUGGUCGUAGUGGACGUUAGAAACAAAAUGGGCAGCGAAUCCACGACCAUGCACUGGCACGGUCAGCACCAGAAGGACACCCCGUAUAUGGACGGAGUCCCCUUCGUGACUCAGUGCCCCAUUCUCCCCCACGACACAUUCCGAUACACCUUCAGAGCCACGCAAGCCGGCACACACUUUUGGCACUCGCACAUAGGAAUGCAACGGGCUGACGGCGCUUACGGUCCUUUGAUAGUGAAAGUUCCAGAAGAAGAAGACCCUCAUUCGCCGAUUUACGACUACGACUUAGCCGAUCACGUGAUGGUGAUCAUAGACUGGGACACGAAAAUGAGCAUGGAGACGUUUUUGUCCCACCACCAUAACGAUGCUGACAAUAAACCACCUACUUUACUGAUAAACGGUUUCGGAAGGUUCAGAGACUUUCAAGCGGAGGAAAAUCGUACUGUUUAUAUGCCCACUGCCAGAUUCAGGGUGGAGAAAGGAUAUAGAUAUCGGUUUAGGGUGAUCAAUGCGGGAUUCUUGAAUUGCCCUAUCGAGAUGUCUAUAGAUAAUCAUACGAUUACCGUUAUAAGUACAGAUGGAGCCAACAUCAAACCGAUAGAAGCUACGUCCCUUGUGACCUACGCAGGAGAACGAUUUGAUUUCGUGAUGAAUGCGGAUCAGGACAGGGCUCUUUACUGGAUCCGAUUCAAGGGCUUGAUGGACUGCGACGAAAGAUUCACCAAGGCCUUCCAGACCGCUGUCCUAGAGUACGAUGGCUUGAAUACGACAGAAGAAGAUUAUCCCGAAGGGAAUGUCGACUAUGACAACGCGCAUAAUGAUGGACUUCAAGUCAAUAGCUUGAAUAGAGGAAUGGAAAGCAACAAGUCCUUCAUUAGCAUGCCUCAUCUGGAGUCGCUGCAAGGUUGGGAUGACAGUUUAGCUGAGAAACCCGAUUUCCAGUAUUACAUAGCGUACGAUUUCUAUAAACUGGAUAACGACGAGUUCCACAGGAGACCCCUAUACGGAUUUUUCAACUUUACCAAUGUGAAUAUGCAACUGCUAACACCUCAAUUUAACCACAUCAGUAUGGAGAUGCCAUCGUUUCCACUUUUGUCUCAGAGAAAUGAGAUAUCUGACGGGAUGUUUUGUAACAAGGAAACUAUGAAUAAAACAGACUGUAUGGACCUCCAUUGCCAGUGUCAUCAUGGAAUACAUAUCCCUCUGAAUGCCAUAGUGGAACUCAUCUUCGUGGACGAAGGCUUCGCCUACGACGCCAACCAUCCAAUGCAUCUCCACGGGUACAACUUCAGGGUGGUAGCCAUGGAAAGGAUGGGGACGAACGUCACGGUGGAGGAAGUGCAGAAGAGGGAUGAAAUGGGGCUGAUCGAACGGAACCUCCUAGCGCCUCCCUUGAAGGAUACCGUCACUGUUCCAGACGGAGGGUACACAAUCGUCCGAUUCAAGGCUUCCAAUCCAGGGUACUGGUUUCUUCAUUGCCACCUGGAGUUUCACGCAGAAAUCGGCAUGGCGAUGAUAGUGCAAGUAGGUGAGAAAGAAGACAUGUUGCCAGUUCCUCAAGAUUUCCCCAAAUGUGGGAAUUACUUACCAGAUCCUUUGGCUGCUCCAUCAGAAGUGAACCGUAGCAGUGGAAGCGGGAGAAUUAAGACCAAGUUGGUCUUUGUGAUUUCAUUGGUAUCACUCAUGUGUCAGCUGAAUCUUAUUCAGUAUUAUUAA